AUGGCGUCACGAUUCCGGAAAGCUGACGCCUUGAAAGAAGUGAGCAAUGAGAGACAGAGACGCCAUCACCACUCGAGACCGGAGAGACCUGCACUUAACAUAAGGAAAGUCAGCAGCUCAACUAGGCUCUCUGUAGGAGUUUUGGAUGACGUGGAUGUAUCAACCCACCCACCCAUACUCCUAACGGGGAGCCUAGAGAACGUCACUCUACAGACCCGAAGAGAGACCGGCCAAACCGUGGCCAGGCACGUGGGCGAGCUGUGUGCCUUACUUGAGGCUCACCCACCCGUAACAAAGAUGGAGUACCUGAACCUCACGGAGGGAGUCUUCCCGAACGGCAGCUUGGGGUGGCCGUUCGAGCCCGACUGGGACGCGGCGUCGCCGCUGCUGCCCCGGGCGGACAUCCUGGCCGUGAGCGCGGUGUACGGGCUGGUGUUCGCCGUGGGCGUGGUGGGGAACCUGGCGGUGGGGGCGUCGGUGUGCGGCGUGAAGGAGCUCCGCACCGCUACAAACUUCUUCCUGCUGAACCUGAGCGUGGCUGACCUGCUCGUCCUGCUGGUCUGCAUGCCGAUUUCGCUGCUGGAGAUCUGGGUUCCCUUUCCGUGGCUGCUGGGAGAGGCUCUCUGUAAACUGACACCGUUUUUCGAGGUGCUGGUGUUCCAGGCGUCCAUCCUGACCAUGGUGGCGGUGUCCGCGGACCGGUACCAGGGAGUCUGCCACCCGCUCCUCACCCAGUCAUCCAACCGCCGCCGCCGGGCGCUGCUCUCCAUCGCACUGGUCUGGGGCAUCUCGCUGGCUGCCAGCAGUCCUGUGCUGCACAUCGCCACCUACACGGAGCUGGACCUGAACGGCACGGUGGUGUGCCAGUGUAACUUCCCGGUGGACUCGGCGUGGAAGAACCACUACACCACCGUCAUCACGGUAGGGUUCUUCGUGCUGCCGCUGCUCGCUCUGUCCGUCAUGUACUUCGCUAUCGGCAGGAGGCUCAUCCGCCCGCCGGCAGGGGAGACCAGCGCUCACCUACAGGCCCAGCACCGGUCCCGGCGGCGUGUGGUGUUGAUGCUGGGUACGGUGGUGGCGGUGUUCUUUGUCUGCCUGCUGCCGCACCGCCUGUUCCAACUGUGGCUCCUGUACGCGCCGACCAAGCAGAUGGAGUGGCUCGGCCUGCUGGGCUUCGUCAAGUUGACGAUCUUCAUGCGGAUGAUGGUGUACAUCAACUGUUCCCUCAACCCCAUCAUCUACACGCUGUUCUCCACCCGGUUUCGCACAGCCUUCUUCAAGUGCUGUUCUUCCUCGGAAGGGUCCGACACCUUCACCUCAGGACAGCAGGCACACAGAAACACUGCCAGGGACAGAAACAACGUCAACAGGAAUACUCUACAGAACCAUCUCCUGUUCGAACAAGUCGCUUCAAAUACGUCACCACCCUGCCCAGACCGACGUCACUCCAACGUCACUUCCGCGACAGCCUUGACUCGCCUGACGGCAUUUCCGGUGACCAGGAGCACUAGCAACGCAAGAUACAACGAACCGAGUUUUAAACAGGAGUUUGGUGAGCUUUGUGUGUACGUGUGGGAAUCACACGUCUAACAUGUGUCUAACAUGUCUGAUUCACGUGUCUGGCACGUGGGAAUCACAUGUGUAACAUUUGAGGACUAACAUGUCUAACAUGUAUCUAUCACGUUUCACAGGUAACAGGCAUGUACCUAACAUUUAUGAAUCACGUGUCUAACAUGACGAAAUCACUUCUCAAACACGCAUCAUCACAUGUCUAACAUGUGUUAACUCACGUGUCAACACGUGAGAUACUCGCACCUAACAUUUAAGAAUGACAUGUCUAACGUG